AUAAAGUGGUUUAGUUUCCACUUUGUCCAUCUGCUCUGCAUCAAGAUUCCCCAAUCCCAUGGACCUCGCGCUCGCCUCAACCUUCCACCCUCGCCUCCAAUCUACCCACUUUCGCCGGAAUAUUCCGCCCAAAUUAUUGCGCCAAAAAGUGAUCCAGGCGGCUCAGAAAAAGAUCGAUGGGGUGAGCGACGAGCUCAACUCCAUCGCAUCGCAGAAUUUGGAUCACGCCCCCGCCAGAAGGAGGGUGCGAUCGGCUUUUGCCAACGUUCAGCAGCAGCUCGAUCAUAUACUCUUUAAGAUGGCUCCAGCUGGGAUCAGAACCGAUGAGUGGUAUGAGGUGAAUUCGGAAGGUCAAGAGAUUUUUUGUAAAAGCUGGUUGCCAAAGCCCGGUGUACGGAUCAAAGGAGCCUUAUGUUUUUGUCAUGGAUAUGGUGACACCUGCACAUUUUUCUUUGAAGGCAUUGCCAAGCACAUUGCUGCCUCUGGUUAUGGUGUGUACGCCAUCGACCAUCCUGGUUUUGGCCUCUCUGAAGGAUUGCACGGCUAUAUCCCCUCGUUUGAUGCUGUGGUCGAUAAUGUCAUUGAGCAAUUCAAGAUAAUGAAAGGAAGGCCUGAGAUUCGUGGGCUGCCCCGUUUCAUAUUUGGUCAGUCCAUGGGAGGAGCAAUUGCUAUCAAAGCACUUCUAAAGGCACCAACGGAAUGGGAUGGCAUAGUGCUUGUUGCUCCAAUGUGUAAAAUAUCAGACGAAAUGAAGCCCCCCGUUCCACUCCAGCAAGUACUCAUCUUCCUAUCGAAGCUCAUGCCACAGGCGAAGCUCGUGCCCCAGAAAGACAUAGCUGACUUGGCUUUCAGAGAAUUGAGCAAGAAAAAUUUGGCUCCAUACAAUGUGAUCAGCUACUCAGACCAGACGCGGCUCAAGACUGCUGUCGAGCUCUUGAAUGCCACAAAGUACAUCGAGUCUCAGGUCGACAAGGUCUCGACUCCAAUGCUGAUUCUUCACGGGGCUGCUGAUAGGGUGACGGAUCCCCGGAUUAGCCAGUUCUUGUACAACAACGCAUCGACCAACGACAAAACGUUGAAGCUAUAUGAAGGUGGAUUUCACUCUAUUCUUGAAGGGGAACCGGAUGAUAUAAUUUUGACAGUUCUCAAUGACAUUGUUUCAUGGCUUGAUUCUAGGACAACUUUAAAAUAGAUUUCUUUUAUUUAUUAGUAUUAGUUAUUUUAGUAAAAUCUAAUUGACAUGGGCUUUGAUAUUUUUAACUAUAGGGCCGAGAGAAAUAUGAAUGUGUAGCUUAGUUAGUUAUGGAAUGUGAUGAUUUAUCUUUUUGUGCAAA